UUCCCUGCUUGAUCGCUCUGCACCCCUGGACAAUCUAUCACAAAUCAAAAGCACAAACAUGUGUAACAUAUAUCAAGAAUGUCUGUUAGGUCAAGCAAUGGCUCAGUCCGAAGACAAGCAACAGAGCAAUUUGAUUUGGCUUGCAAGGUGAUGCUUCUUGGUGAUUCAGGUGUUGGCAAGACCUGUUUGUUGGUUAGAUUCAAAGAUGGAGCAUUUCUUUCUGGGGCCUUUAUUUCCACUGUUGGAAUUGACUACAGGAAUAAGGUAGUUGAAGUUGAUCAAACUAAAGUAAAAUUGCAGAUAUGGGAUACUGCUGGACAGGAGAGAUUUAGAAGUGUUACACAUGCAUACUACAGAGAUUCACAUGCUUUAUUAUUACUCUACGACAUCACAAGCAAGCAAUCCUUCGAUAAUAUUAGGGCAUGGCUUUCUGAAAUCAAGGACUAUGCUCCUGAGAAUGUUGUCGUCAUGCUUCUAGGAAAUAAGGCAGAUAAGUCCAACGAAAGAGUUGUAAAAAAGGAAGAUGGUGAACGUGUAGCACAGGAACACAAUGUUACCUUCAUGGAAACAAGCGCUAAAACUGGAAUGAAUGUUGAUCUUGCAUUUAUGGCUAUUGCAAGAGAGCUAACGUCUCAACAUAAUCAAGCGAAGGAUAUGUCAAAGUUUGAUAUGAAGAAAUAUGUAAAUGAUAAAAAGGAGGGACAAGGGUGUUGUUGAGACAACAUUCAGAGUUGAUGAUAUAGACUCAUUAUUUAUGGCCCACUGAACAAGAUGUUCUGGGUUCCCUCUUGUUAACAAACUAGUUAGAAUAAACGCAAGCUAUAUCAAGCGACCAGCAAUAUCAGUCCAACUGACAGACGUCUUUCACAAACAUACAUUUUACUGACAGAGUGAGAUAGGUAGGUGUAACUAUCAUUCUGGACAUGUCAUUUCCAAAAUUGGGCACUAAUUAAUUGAAUUCACAGCUGUGAAGCUAGGCCAGACUUUAGAGAUUAUUACUAAAGCAAGGCUUUAGGGUGGCAUUAAUGAAUCAAGUUAUCACUUGCUAGUUUACUAGCCUAUGGCAAAAUGUGGACUUGUGUCCAAAUUUUCAAAACGUGUACAUUGUCAUUAACAUAUAUUUACCAAACUUCGCAAUUAUUCUAAAUUUUCUUGAAUUUAUUGAUAUUUAAAAUGAAAUGUAAUUUAAUAGGUAUUCCUUAGAAUUUGCUAAAUAAAAAUAUUGUAG